UUGCAGUCAUUUGAUUAAGGGAAACAACACAAAAGGAACUCAGAAAAUCUUCACAAGGAAAUGGUGCCAGUAUUUUGAUUUCAACGUAACAAGGGGUCUCGAUAAAGGAAAAUAUUUAUUGAAUAAGAAAACAAAGACACUAAUCAGAAUUCUUUCCGAGAUGAUGGCAAAAAGGCAACAAAAGGUUUUUGUGACAAUAAUUGUGUUUAGUACGUGGAAUAUUGCGUGUAUAGCAUCCCAGACAGAUUUCGAAUUUGACGAAAAUUCUAUCGCUCAUUCAUUUCGAGAUGAAGAUAGAACGCAAUUGGACAAACGUUCCUUUGAUAGACUAGCAUCGGGACUUAUUGGAAAAAGACGUGUGGACUCAAUUGGAAGUGGUUUGCUUGAAAAACGCCGUCUGGAUUCAAUUGCAAGUGGCUUAGUAGGUAAACGACAUCUUGACUCUAUAGCAAGUGGUCUAGUGGGCAAACGGCGCUUAGACUCCAUAGCCAGUGGAUUAGUCGGCAAGCGGCACCUAGAUUCGAUAGCUAGUGGUUUAGUCGGCAAGCGGCGCUUAGAUUCAAUUGCGAGUGGACUCGUCGGAAAGCGUCGUUUAGAUACUCUUGCAAGUGGUCUUGUUGGAAAACGACGACUUGAUGCCAUAGCAAGUGGGUUAAUUGGAAAACGCCAUCUUGAUUCCAUUGCAAGUGGGUUAGUAGGAAAGCGUCCAUUGGGAACACAUGUCAGCAGCCAUGCUGCCGAGAAACGCAUGCUUGACUCACUUGCAAGUGGUUUGGUUGGUAAGCGUAUGAUGGAUUCUUUGGCAAGCGGGCUCGUGGGGAAAAGAACCAUGGAUUCUCUCGCAAGUGGAUUGGUCGGAAAACGGGUGAUGGAUUCUCUUGCCAGUGGAUUAGUUGGAAAAUGAUAAAUUUUGUUGCAUUGUCUGAUAAAAAAUUGCAGCAAGGUUGUGAAAAGAGAAUAAGCAUUGUAAGGCAUUUUAAUGAUUAUCAGAAAAAUGCUAUUUGUAAAGAUAUUAUAUUUACAAUUUAUGAUUUCAGGUUCUUGAAAAAACAGAUAUUUGAAAAUUAUUUGAAAUUUCUUUUCUAUGAAAUCCUGUUUUAAUUACUCCAUCAUAAAUCAGUGUAAUAUUAAAUUUGUAAAGUAAUCUUGUGCAUUU